AUGCUCUCCGUCACGCUCCCCCUCCGUCGCCUGCUGCUGAUGCUGCUCGCAGCCUCGAGCGCCAUCGUCGUCAGCGGCUCCAUCCUCCCCCGCGAUGCAAACCAGGGACCGGUGAUCGACUAUUGCAACCUUGCCGACGGCUCGCAGUACUACAAGGUCCGCAUCGACAUCCGUAACUGCCGUGCCAAACCCGCCCCGCUGUACUUCUACGACGCCAAGGACAACCUCAACCCCUGCAUCGGCAUCGACGCCGUCACUAAGGACCACUACGACCUGUCGAUCCCCGUGGCGGCCAAUGUCACGCUCGGCGUCCAGUCGGCGGACAAGAAGGUCGGACGCACCGUGACCGUGUCGAGAGACGACAAGGGCGUCACGCGGGCCGUUGUGGCGGGAUGCAGCGAUGCUUCGCCUGCGCAGACGGCCGGCAAGGACUGCGACCUGCCGCUGUACAGGAUGCACUUCAAGCGCGACCCCCACCACAUCGGCGCCCAGUGGGGCCACGGUUCGGACAAGGACAAGGGCGACCUCGAGUGGCAGUGUCCCAUCACCCCGCUCCAGGACGAAAAGUACGUCGGUGUCAGCCUCAGCAUCCAGAGCUCGGACACGAACAUGUUCUACAAGCACGGCGACAAGGACAAGGAGGACCACCCCUUCCUCGUGCUGUCCUACUGCCCCAACCCCGCCGACAACGCCACGGGACUCUGGUGCCAGGCUGUCUAA